AUGUGUGGCCCCCUUCUCCUGAUUAAAAAGUCACCCCUUUCCACAGACGCUGACUGCAAACUUUCCACAGACGCUGACUGCAAACUUUCCACAGACGCUGACUGCAAACUUUCCACAGACGCUGACUGCAAACUAUCCACAGACGCUGACUGCAAACUUUCCACAGACGCUGACUGCAAACUUUCCACAGACGCUGACUGCAAACUUUCCACAGACGCUGACUGCAAACUUUCCACAGACGCUGACUGCAAACUUUCCACAGACGCUGACUGCAAACUUUCCACAGACGCUGACUGCAAACUUUCCACAGGCGCUGACUGCAAACUUUCCACAGACGCUGACUGCAAACUUUCCACAGACGCUGACUGCAAACUAUCCACAGACGCUGACUGCAAACUUUCCACAGACGCUGACUGCAAACUUUCCACAGACGCUGACUGCAAACUUUCCGGACGCUGA